AGAGCGCUCGAGUCAGAUCCCGCAUCUCCAAAUCCGACCUCGGCUUUGAGCCUGGCACCCACCUGGUGCAUCCACCAUCCCGGACUUACUUAUAUCUCCAUCGAGCCCGCACUUGUACCUUGAAUCUACGGAGCUACCACUAGUGAUUAACCGUCAACCUCAUUCACAUCUCCCAGACCAGACAUCAAUCAAUCGUUAGCCUAAGAAGUAACAGUGCAAUAUGGCGCCCGCUACCGAGGUUGUGUUUAUCCCCAUGUCGGAGGAGAACUACCCCGACGACUUCAACAGCGCUCCUGGUAAAAAGUUCAAGGACAUUCUUGCAACGAUCUUGGCGCAGGAUGGCUGUCAAAGACUUUACUGGGGCCGACAAGUUGAGAAUCCUGGUACAUUGACCCUCUUCAUUGAUUGGGACAGUGUCGAUCACCACAAGAAGUUUAUGGCCACAGAUAAAUACGGGCCGUUCGUGCAAGAGAUUGGCAGCAUGGUCGCCGGUGAUCUCAACAUGUAUCAUGUUCAUUUUGACCCUCAUCCACCAACAAAAGCGCUCGUCGACACCAGCGCUCACGUCACCGAAUUCAUCACCGCAUACUUCCCAAAGGGGUACUCUGCUGAGGACCAGAAAACGUUCACCGACAAUAUGAAGAAGUUUGUCGGUGUGGUUGAAAGUACUGCAGAGGGUUUCAAGGCUGCGAUUGGUGGUUUCAUCGAGGAAGAAGUCAUUGACCCAAAAAGCUCUGAGCCAUGUGUGGGCUAUGUGGCGCUGAUUGGGUGGACCAGUGUUGAAGCUCACCUGAAAUACAGGGAGACUCAGACUUUCAAGGACAACAUUCAUCUCCUGAGAGGGGCGAAGGACUUGAAGAAUGUGGCUGUCGUUCAUGUCCCUGCAAAGGAAGUCCAAAAAGGUAGCCUUUGAGGAUGGUAGGUUUUUGAGCGCUACUAUAUCGACACCUACCGGGACGUUCAUUUCAAGACACGUUUAAGAACUCAGAAGGGUGCUCAGGCAUAUAUCCACCCUUCCAACCUUACUAAAAACGUCCGCUGUCCUGACGUUCCCUCCGUGAUAGAUUUGUGCUAAAACUCCUCGGUCCUUAGCCGCAGUGCUCAAGUAGGUUGAGGCAUUGAAAGCCCGAAG